UUUCUGCUGAAGUACAAAAACACAGAUGGCAGAUAUGCAACAAGAAACUCAUGUCAAAAUGGAGAACCUUGACACCAGUACAAUAGAAGAGUUUGUCCAACCGGUCAGUGAGAGCAGUGAGAAGAUCAUUGUAGCAGAACCAGGUUCUUCAUCAUGUACUGAAACCACAGACCUUCUGGACCAGCAGGGCAACAGACACAGAGCUCCAGACACCUCACUCAAUAUAGAACCUGAAAACCAGACSUUCCAKCAUCCAGCAUCACAAUACAACAGAGCAAGACAGGACCAUCAGGUUGCUGAGGGUGUGACCUGGGAAACUGACCAUCAACCCAUAGAAUACAGCCUGUCCCAAUGGACAGAGAACCAAGAGACUGACAACCCAACUGUGAAUGCUCCUCACAAUGCAGGGCCAGACUCCAAAAGGGUGUCUGAACAUCCAGAGAGGAGAGGGGUGUCUGGUAACUCUGGGGUCUGCAUGUCUGCUUCAGGCUCUCUGGACUGGSUGCCUGAUGUGGUGAUGGUGGACUCAGUUCCCAUUAAAGUGGAGGCAGAUAUGAGUUCAGAAUGGAGCCUAACUGGCCAAGAGGUGACAUCUGGAGAGGUCUGUUCAGAUGGCAGGCAGCUUGUGGACAACAGAGGAAGAGGGGGAAUGGAGUCUGGACAGACAAAGUGUCCCCCUGACACUCAACAUGCAGAGCAAGGGAGAACUGUAGGAUCAAGGUCCAAGUUGCCAGAUUUCAAUGGACUGUCCACCCAAAACAGCUUUUCAUCCCCAAGGGUUACUCUCCACCAGGUUCCCCAAAGAGGGAAGCAAGCCCCCUUUCCGAAUUUCAACAGAGGCUCCACUUCUUCAUCGAAAGGCAUAGAAAAGCAGCCGCAACAGCUGACGUCUCACUCCACCAAGAGAUAUCUCCGUUGCAGCCUCUGCGGGAAGCCCUUCCCCCAGGCGUACCUAAGCAGGCACAUGCGGGUCCAUACGGGGGAGAAACCGUACGGCUGCAGCCACUGCACCAAGCGCUUCUCCCACAGCCACCAGCUGAAGAGGCAUGAGAGGGUGCACACCGGAGAGAAACCGUUUCAAUGUGUCUACUGCGGGAAGUGCUUCACCCAGUCCUGCCACAUGAAGAAGCACCUCCUCGUCCACACUGGUGGCAGGACACAGGACGUUGUGCUGCCCUGAGUGUUCCAGGGUGAAGUUCAGACUAGAUACAGAUCUAGGAUCMGCUUCCUCUCCCACAAUCCUAACCUUGACAAUUAGUGUAUUUUUUUUCUUYUUUAAACUGACCCAACAUCAGCAUCUAAGGGCAACUUCACACUACUCCUCCCAGUGUAAUGAUAGGCAGGGCCUGAAGUUUUUCCUCACCACGUGACCAGGCCAGGGAAAAACUCCUGGCCCUAGUUGUAAAUGGAAUGUCUCAACGCCACUGUGGUUUAUAUAUGAAUACUGGGUCCAUGUGUUUUUCACUAUGAAUGGUUUCCUCAUUGAACACUUCCCUCUGUGUGUAGUGGUCGUGUUUUCAGUUCAGCUGGCUUGAUGCUUGGUCCAGAGUGGACUGAUAAUGUAUAAGUUAUUACAGRUGAAGAUUUUAAAUGUAUUUUAGUCMGUUAGCAGACGYUCUUAUCCAUAGCGACUUACAAGAGCAUUUARGGUUAAGUGCUGUGCUCAAGGGCACGUCGACAGAUUUUUCAGCUUGUCGGCUAGGUGAUUCCAACCUGCGACCUUUCAGUUAUUGGCUCAACGCUCUUAACCGCUAGGCUACAUCCUUAUGAAUUUGUAAUUGUUCAGUGGGAAACCAAAGCUACAAUUAAUUAAAGAACUACAUUUCCAUAUAACUUGUCAAUAAGACAGAUUUCCUAUCAGACUGAUAGGCUGUAACGAUGUAGAUGGAUUUCAUAUCAAUGUGAACAGAGUUCAGGAAGCACUGGACAGGUGCCUGGGCGAGCAAGGCCUGUUGGUGGUUGAGAGUUUGUUGCUCGUUUCUGUUCGUACUUGGACACAGGGAUGAGGAGGAGGAAGGCGCAGGGUUCCCAGACGCCAGCGCACUCCUUGCCCUGGAAACGGACCUGGCGACCCAGAAGUUGCAAGGAGAGAGAGAGUGCUGACUGGAAUGGCAACUAAAACACUAAAAGCACAGUUGCUUGCAGCUUCCUCUCGAGUCACUGGUAUGGAUCUUCUGGGAUAUAUUGUGUGUGUGGAGGGGAAGUGAGGCAACUGGAACCUGUCUCUGGUCUSCCGAACCUUCAAUACAAUGCGGACAAAUUACAUUUUCAGGAAGUACUCCACAGGGAAGAGAUCAGAUCCUGAACCCCAGUAGUUACUGAAAGUAGAAUCCAGUACAUUGUGGUUACAGGUUACUGUGAAGGACAACAUUAACCAUUAUAUGCUUGCUGCUCUUUUUACACCUCUAUUACUAAUAAAACGUUUAUUUACAA